AUGAUAGACACCUACAAGCACCUUAUAGCCAUAGGCUACAAUUGGGAAGACCAUAAUAUUGAAGAACAAUGUCAACGUUCUAGAAGAUAUGGAAGGAAUGAAAGAACACAUGUUUAUGGGAAACCCUAUGAAAGUAACCAGUGUGGUAAAGCCUUCACACAUCACACUGAUCUUCAAAGGCAUAAAAGGAAUCAGUGUGGAGAGAAACCAUGCGAAUAUAAUCAAUGUGGUAAAGGCUUUUCACGACACAGUGAACUCCACAUACAUAGAAACACAGAUACUGGAGAGAAACCCUAUGAAUGUAAUGCCAGUGAGAACGUCUUUUCACAACAUGAAAAUCUCCACAUGCGUAGAAGAACACACACUGGAGAGAAACAGUACAAAUGUAAUCAAUGUGAUAAAGCCUUUGUAAAUUGCAGUAAUCUUCGAAGGCAUGAAAGAUUUCAUACUGGAGAAAAACCCUUUGAAUGUAACAAUUGUGGUAAAGCUUUUUCACAACUCAUUCAUCUCCAGAAUCAUAAAAGAACACAUACUGGAGAAAAACCCUACGAAUGUCUUCAGUGUGGUAAAGCCUUUUCAAACCUCAGUAAUCUUCAAAUGGACAAAAGAACACAUACUGGAGAAAAACACUAUGAAUGUCUUCAGUGUGCUAAAGCCUCUUCACUCCGAAGUAGUCUCCAGAAGCAUAAAAGAAUACAUACUGGAGACAAAUGCUACAAAUGUUAUCAGUGUGGGAAAGCCUUUUCCCAACACGGAAAUCUCCAGAAGCAUAAAAGAACACAUACUGGAGAAAAACCCUAUGAAUGUCAUCAAUGUGGUAGAACCUUUUCCCAACAUGGAAAUCUCCAAGUGCAUAAAAGAACACAUACUGGAGAAAAACCCUAUGAAUGUCAUCAAUGUGGUAGAGCCUUUUCAAACCGCAGUACUCUCCAAAUGCAUAAAAGAACACAUACUGGAGAGAAACCAUACAAAUGUCUUCACUGUGGGAAAGCUUUUUCACAUCCUAGUAGUCUCCAGGUACAUAAAAAAACAGAUACAGGAGAGAAACAGUAUGAUUGUAAUCAGUGUGGGAAAGCCUUUUCCCAACACGGAAAUCUCCAAAGGCAUAAAAGAACACAUACUGGAGAGAAACCCUAUGACUGUUGUCAAUGUGGGAAAGUCUUUUCAAACUGCAGUGCUCUCCAGGUGCAUAAAAGAACACAUACUGGAGAGAAACCCUACGAAUGUAAUCAAUGUGGGAAAUCCUUUUCACAAUAUGGAAAUCUCCAAAAUCAUAAAAGAACACAUACUGGAGAGAAACCCUAUGAAUGUAAGCAGUAUGGUAAAGCCUUUUCCCAAACCAGUGGUAUCCUAAUGCACAAAAGAACACAUACUGGAGAAAAACCCUAUGAAUGUAAUCACUGUGGGAAAGCCUUUUCACAGCGUGGAAAUCUCGAAAUGCAUAAAAGAACACAUACUGGAGAGAAGCCUUACAAAUGUAAUCAGUGUGGGAAAGCCUUUUCACUAUGCGGAAAUCUCAAAAAGCAUAAAAGAACACAUACUGGAGAGAAGCCCUAUGAAUGUAAUCAGUGUGGUAAAGCCUUUGCUUGUAGUAGUGGUCUCCAGAAACAUGAAAGAAUUCAUACUGGAGAGAAACCCUACGAAUGUAAUCAGUGUGGUAAAGCCUUUACACAGUCCAAUGCUCUCCAAGCGCACAAAAGGACACAUAUUGGGGAGAAACCCUAUGAAUGUAAUCACUGUGGUAAAGCCUUUGCCCGCUCCAGUAGUCUCCAAGUGCACAAAAGGAUACAUACUGGAGAGAAACCCUACAAAUGUAAUCACUGUGGUAAAGCCUUUUCACAACACAGUAAUCUCCAAGUGCAUAAAAGGACACAUACUGGAGAGAAACCCUACAAAUGUAAUCACUGUGGUAAAGCCUUUGCACAAUCCAAUAGUCUCCAAGUGCACAAAAGGAUACAUACUGGAGAGAAACCCUACAAAUGUAAUCACUGUGGUAAAGCCUUUGCACAAUCCAGUAGUCUCCAAGUGCACAAAAUGACACAUACUGGAGAGAAACCCUAG